GCACGGCACGGGGGUUGCCAUGACAAGCAUUUUCUCCCGUUAGCUCCGGGACCGUUCCCCCUCCAUCCCAUGGCCAGCCGGGGGGGCUCCGCCGCCAGCCGGGCGCCGCGGGAGCUGAGCCGCUCCAGUUGCUGUGGUAUCCAGGGAGCCCUCCUCCUCCUGCAGGAGAUGCACGCUGGUCGUUGCUAAGGUCGCCUCCGCGGUAACAUGCACAUCCUGUUUACACCUCUAUCCGGAGAAGUUGGGCUCGGUUAGAGGCACCUGCUCCCCCAGGGAAGGGGCCGCACGGAGCGUCCCCCCCCCGCCGGACCCUUGAGGGAGCCGCGAGCCGGCGUCGGCAUCACCGGCACCAUGACGAACAACGUGGCCGACCACCACCCCGGCAACUCGGUCGCCGAAGGCAACCAUGAGGGGGACUUCGGGUGCUCCAUGGUGGAGCUCAGGAACCUCAUGGAGCUGCGGAGCGCCGAGGCGGUGGCCCGGCUCAACGACUCCUACGGCGGCGUGCAGAACGUCUGCAAGAGGCUCAAGACGUCGCCCGUCGAAGGCCUGUCCGGGAACCCGACCGACCUGGAGAAGAGGCGGCAGGUCUUCGGCCAGAACUUCAUUCCUCCCAAAAAGGCCAAGACGUUCCUGCAGUUAGUGUGGGAGGCACUCCAGGACGUCACGCUGAUCAUCUUGGAAAUCGCAGCCAUAAUCUCCUUGGGCCUGUCCUUCUACCACCCCCCGGGUGGGGACAAUGAACUGUGUGGGCAGUCGACGGGCGGCGUGGAGGACGAGGGCGAGGCGCAGGCCGGCUGGAUCGAGGGGGCAGCCAUCCUGUUCUCCGUGAUCAUCGUGGUGCUGGUGACCGCCUUCAACGACUGGAGCAAGGAGAAGCAAUUCCGGGGCCUCCAGAGCCGCAUCGAGCAGGAGCAGAAGUUCACGGUGAUCCGCAAGGGGCAGGUGAUCCAGAUCCCGGUGGCCGAGAUCGUGGUGGGAGACAUCGCACAGAUCAAGUACGGUGAUCUCUUGCCAGCGGACGGGAUCCUGAUCCAGGGCAAUGACCUGAAAAUAGACGAGAGCUCGCUGACUGGGGAGUCAGACCAAGUCAAGAAAUCCAUGGACAAAGACCCCAUGCUGCUCUCAGGUACCCACGUGAUGGAGGGCUCUGGCAGGAUGGUGGUGACUGCCGUGGGUAUCAACUCCCAGACAGGGAUCAUCUUCACUCUCUUGGGUGCGGGAGAAGGAGACGAGGAGAAGAAAGUGAAGAAAGGUAAAAAAAGCGGAGCCCCCGAAAACCGCAACAAAGCUAAAACUCAGGAUGGUGUGGCCUUAGAAAUUCAGCCCCUGAAGAGCCAGGAAGGGGUGGAAAAUGAGGAGAAGGAGAAGAAGAAGGUGAAGGUGCCCAAGAAGGAGAAGUCUGUGCUGCAAGGGAAGCUCACGCGCCUGGCGGUGCAGAUCGGGAAGGCAGGGCUGAUCAUGUCAGCCAUCACCGUCAUCAUCCUGGUGCUGUACUUCGUGAUCGACACGUUCGGGGUGCAGAAGCGGCCCUGGCUGGCCGAGUGCACCCCCAUCUACAUCCAGUACUUCGUCAAGUUCUUCAUCAUCGGGGUCACCGUGCUGGUGGUGGCCGUGCCCGAGGGGCUCCCGCUGGCCGUCACCAUCUCCCUGGCCUACUCUGUGAAGAAAAUGAUGAAGGACAACAACCUGGUGAGGCACUUGGACGCGUGCGAGACCAUGGGCAACGCCACGGCCAUCUGCUCGGACAAGACGGGCACGCUGACCAUGAACCGCAUGACCGUGGUGCAGGCCUACGUGGGGGACACCCACUACCGCCAGAUCCCCGACCCCGAAGCCAUCCUGCCCAAAAUCCUGGACCUCAUCGUCCACGGCGUCGCCAUCAACUCGGCCUACACGUCCAAGAUCCUGCCGCCCGAGAAGGAAGGGGGGCUGCCCCGGCAGGUGGGGAACAAGACGGAGUGUGCCCUGCUGGGCUUCGUGCUGGACCUGAAGCAGGAUUACCAGGCCGUGCGCAACGAGGUGCCCGAGGAGAAGCUCUACAAGGUCUACACCUUCAACUCCGUGCGCAAGUCCAUGAGCACGGUGCUGAAGAACAGCAACGGCGGCUUCCGCAUGUACAGCAAGGGCGCCUCCGAGAUCAUCCUCCGCAAGUGCACCAAGAUCCUGGACAAGAACGGCGACCCCCGGGUGUUCAAGGUGAAGGACCGGGACGAGAUGGUGAAGAAGGUGAUAGAGCCCAUGGCCUGCCACGGGCUGAGGACCAUCUGCCUGGCCUUCCGGGACUUCCCUGGGGACGCUGAGCCCGACUGGGACAGCGAGAACGAGAUCCUGUCUGACCUGACCUGCAUCGCCGUGGUGGGCAUCGAGGACCCUGUGCGGCCAGAGGUGCCAGAUGCCAUCCAGAAGUGCCAGCGUGCGGGGAUCACCGUCCGGAUGGUGACAGGGGACAACAUCAACACUGCCCGUGCCAUCGCCACCAAGUGUGGCAUCCUGCUGCCAGGGGAGGACUUCCUGUGCCUGGAGGGGAAGGAGUUCAACCGGCUCAUCCGCAACGAGAAGGGAGAGGUGGAACAGGAGCAGCUGGACAAGAUCUGGCCCAAGCUGCGGGUGCUCGCCCGCUCCUCCCCCACUGACAAGCACACUCUGGUGAAAGGAAUUAUCGACAGCACCGUUGGUGACCAGAGGCAGGUGGUGGCCGUGACCGGGGACGGGACCAACGAUGGCCCAGCCUUGAAGAAAGCAGAUGUUGGCUUUGCCAUGGGCAUCGCGGGCACGGACGUGGCCAAGGAGGCCUCGGACAUCAUCCUCACGGACGACAACUUCACCAGCAUCGUCAAGGCCGUCAUGUGGGGCCGCAACGUCUACGACAGCAUCUCCAAGUUCCUGCAGUUCCAGCUGACUGUGAACGUCGUGGCCGUCAUCGUGGCCUUCACGGGCGCCUGCAUCACCCAGGACUCCCCCUUGAAGGCUGUGCAGAUGCUGUGGGUGAACCUGAUCAUGGACACCUUUGCCUCCUUGGCCCUGGCCACAGAGCCCCCCUCUGAGUCCCUGCUGCUGCGCAAGCCCUACGGCCGCAACAAGCCGCUCAUCUCCCGCACCAUGAUGAAGAACAUCCUGGGCCACGCCGUGUACCAGCUCACCAUCAUCUUCACACUGCUCUUCGCAGGGGAGAAGUUCUUUGACAUCGACAGCGGCCGGAACGCGCCGCUGCACUCGCCGCCCACCGAGCACUACACCAUCGUCUUCAACACCUUCGUCAUGAUGCAGCUCUUCAACGAGAUCAACGCCCGCAAGAUCCACGGCGAGAGGAACGUCUUCGAGUCCAUCUACCGCAACCCCAUCUUCUGCACUGUGGUGCUGGGCACCUUUGCAGCCCAGAUUGUCAUCGUGGAGUUUGGUGGGAAGCCUUUCAGCUGCUCUGGGCUCACCCUGAGCCAGUGGUUCUGGUGUAUUUUUAUCGGAGUUGGGGAGCUCCUGUGGGGCCAGCUGAUCUGCACUGUCCCAACCAGCCACCUGAAGUUCCUGAAGGAAGCUGGGCACGGCAUCACCAAGGAGGAGAUCCCAGAGGAGGAGCUGCCUGAAGACGUGGACGAGAUCGACCACGCCGAGAUGGAGCUGCGGCGUGGGCAGAUCCUGUGGUUCAGGGGUCUCAACAGGAUACAGACACAGAUGGACGUAGUUUACACAUUCCAGACCGGCGCCUCCUCUUUGCAGGGAGCCCUCAGGAGACAGCCUUCCAUCGUGAGCCAGCACCACGAUGUAAAAAAUGUUUCUAGCCCAACCCAUGUAGCUCUUUCCUCCGUCAAUUCCACUCCCACCACUUCUGCUGUUGCUGCUGCUGCUGCAUCUCCUCCUGCGGGCAAUCAAGGUGGUGAAUGCGUUCCGUAGCUCCCUGUACGAAGGCCUCGAGAAACCCGAAUCCAGAAGCUCCAUCCAUAACUUCAUGACUCACCCAGAGUUCAUCCUGGAGGAAGACGAGCCUCGAACACCAUUCCUUGACGGCGCUGAAGACGACCCCGAGACUGACGGGCUCCCGACGCGCGGCGGGGGGAGCCCGGGCGGGCCUCCAGCCCUGAACAGAAAUAACAAUGCAGUGGACAGCGAUCGAGCUGAGCUCUCCGUCCCGGAGCCCGAGAGCCCCUUCCACAGCCUGGAGACAUCGGUUUGACCUUAGAACUUGGAACCCCUCCCCUCCUCCUCCUCCUCCUCCUCCUCCACCUCGGCCCCUCGCCCGGUGUGACGUCGGCACCAGUAACUGCUCACACCUCGUGUCAAACUGCUCAUACGUAUAUCAGUGGGGUGGGUUUUUUUCGGGGGGGGGGGUUUAUUUGUUUUCCUUCGUUUCGUUUUGUUGUUUUUGGGUUUUUUGGGGUUUGUUUUUUUACCAUGGUUUAGCAGUGGGAACCAGAGUGCCACGAUGCUGGGCGCUGGGGAGAGAGGCUAAGCCAAAAAGUUGUGCCAUCUCCAUCCCUCGUUUUCAGUGGUACUCGCCCGGGUGAAGCAGCCAGGUUCUUUCCUCUCCAAGAGUUGGGCUCCAGGCGUGUCUGUCUGUUGGGGGUUUUCACUUUGCAAAAUGCAUGAUCAAAGGAAAUUCGAGUUGGUGUAGUCUUACGUGCCCACCCUCAGCCCGAGGGCUGGGCUGCACUUGUGACUUUUAUUUUAUUUCUUUUUUUUUCCACUUGUGGUUUUUUGGGGUUUUCUUCUAACGUUGGGGUUUGUUCUUUGCUCGUGGGAUUUGCCCCCAGGAACUCUGCAGUGGGAAGUGGGGGCAGUCAGCACUCCAGUGCAAAAACUAAGAAAUAAACAACAAAACCCAGCCAGGGGAAGGUGUUUACUCGCAGGUUGAGGGAUACAGGGAUGUGCACCAGUCUUCCACCUUGAAAAAUGGUACCUGACCUUUCCAGCUCCUCUUCUGAGUGUCCACACACACUUUUCUCUCUCUGUUUCCAAAUUGGUAGAUGAGGAAUGAAGGUGACUUGGCUGUAACUUUGCUGGAUGGAAAAGAUUCUGAUUUUUCUACAAAGGUGGAGGUGAACUGGCAGUGAAAAGGUGGUGGGGGAAAAAAAACGCCACUGUUGUGAGAAAUGUGGCUCCUUCCUGGGGAAUCUUAAGAGAGGCCUCUCUGCUGCUCUUGAUCAGGUGUGAAACUCUUGGUGAGAGCUUUGCCAGGGUUUUACAGCUCCUGCCUUCGAGAGCAGAGGGAUUUCUGCCCAUUCUGGCUUUUCUGUGCUGUUGGGUUAAAUAAUCCUUCAGCCUUGGAGUAGCAGCUCCAGUGAACUGCUGAGGAACCUCAGAGCUGUGCCCACCAGAAGCUUUACCAGGCUGAACAGAGAACAGGCAUCGGGGCACUGAGGGCACAGUGGGCCAACUCCCAGGUCAUGGAAGGGAUGAAUUAGGGAUGAAUUGUCUCGUUAUCCCAUGGAAGGGGGGGGAGGCUCCAUGGCCAGUGGAGGACCCUUGGCUUCCUGGAGCUGCUUUGCCAGAGGAGGUGGCAGUUGCUUGGUUGGCUGCAGAUCUUCCAGAGAAGGUGCUGCUGGAGGCUCGACCUCACUUGCUGCUUUUUUGGAGGUCAUCUCUUCACCCUGUGUCCUGCCUCACCUCCACCUCUUGGAACCUUUUAGGGAGAGUCCUGUUUUUUGGAGCAGAGGCCCCGGUUGGCUCCGAACUGUCCCUCUGGUGAUCCAUGGCCCCGAGCAGGAGGCAGGAUUUGCUUUGCUUGAGUCCCUUCCCCAGGGUUGUGGCCCCGGGCAGGCAGGGCCAGAGGAAGCUCUGCUGCCUUCCUUCUCUCCUCCAUCCCAGAGGAAGCUCUGCUGCCUUCCUUCUCUCCUCCAUCCCAGAGGAAGCUCUGCUGCCUUCCUUCUCUCCUCCAUCCCAGAGGAAGCUCUGCUGCCUUCCUUCCCUCCUUCAUCCUGUUUGGCCCGGUUGGAAGCAGAGAGAACCUGGUUGUAACUGGCUGUACAAUGUCGUCUUUGCCCAGCUCCACCCCUGGGAGCAGCGGGGUUUUAGGGGCAGGGUGGGCUGGGCUGGUUUCUUCUUUCCUUUCCUUUCAGAACGCACAGCAGAAUCUCCCGUGCCUUCUCCGAGCACUGCCUGCAGCACCUCCUGCCACGCCAGGGCCCAGUACUUUGCCAAGAAAUAAGUGUUCCUUAAACCACAACACAAACCAAGUGUCUUUGUUUUGUUUCCAGCCCAGCCCCGACCCCGUCCCUUCCUCGGGGUGGGAGGAGGGAAGGAUGAGCCGCCCCAUCCCUGCCCCAGGUAGCUGAGGAAAGGUCCUUCUCCCCCCCUCGUGCCUGGGUGCUGGCGAGGGGUGAAGGUUGGGCUCUACACUGCCAACAGCCAGAAGAAAUUGCCACCACUGCCCAUCCCAAAUUCAGUGUCAACCCCCUCCCUGCCCAUCGCUGCCCUCCCCUCCCCAAAACCCACCGUGGGCAGGACCUUUGGGGGGGGAGUGUGGGUGGUUCUUGGGUUAAACACGAGUUGGUGACAGGAAAGACCGAAGGGGAGGGGAGGCGGGUGGUUGUGGGGUUUGGUUCUGUACUAAAAGGUGACAUUGCUUAAAAACAAAAAAAAAA